AACGGCGAAAAGUUUAGGCGAGCCGGGCAUAAAAGAGCUAGUAGAAGUGAGAAGAAGUGGAUCGUAUACGGCACAGCUUUGAAAAAACUGCGGGAGAAGGUGAGGAGCCGAGAGGAAGAAAUCAGUGGAGCUGAUCUUCCAAUUUUGUAUCGUUCGAUGGGCUCGCUCACACAGAGGGAGGAGCUAGAGAUCUCGACGGCGGCCGACGAGGGGUGUUCGUCGGAGGCGAUCAUCUACAUCAACGGCAUCCGCCGUGUUCUUCCGGAUGGUCUGGCUCACCUCACUCUACUCCAAUAUCUCAGAGAAAUAAAUCUGACUGGGACAAAGCUUGGGUGUGGAGAAGGUGGUUGUGGAGCCUGUACAGUAAUGGUUUCUGAUUAUGAUCGGUCUGCAAAGAAAUCAGUGCAUUAUGCAGUUAAUGCAUGCCUGGCUCCAUUAUAUUCCGUUGAAGGAAUGCACGUGAUAACUGUAGAGGGCCUUGGAUCUUGUCAGAGUGGGUUGCACCCUGUCCAGGAGUCUUUGGCCCAAUCCCACGGUUCUCAGUGUGGAUUUUGUACCCCUGGAUUUGUGAUGUCUAUGUAUGCGUUGCUGAGGUCAAACCAAGCAUCUCCUACUGAAGAGCAGAUUGAAGAAUGCCUCUCUGGCAAUUUAUGUCGUUGUACUGGCUAUAGACCCAUAAUUGACGCGUUCCGUGUUUUCGCUAAGACUGACAACUCUGCAUACACUAAUUCAUAUCUAACAAAUGGAGAAUUCAUUUGCCCAUCAUCCGGAAAACCGUGCUCAUGUGGAGAAAAUAAAGUUCAAAAUUGUGAAGGUUCGGCUGGUCAUGCCUGUGGAGAACACAGACCCGUCCAAUAUAGUGAAAUUGAUGGAAAUAUAUACAAAGAUAAGGAACUUAUUUUUCCACCUGAGUUGGUUAUGAGAAAUAAUCUUCCAUUGAAAUUGCAUGGUUUUGGGGGAAUUACAUGGUAUCGUCCUCUAAAACUCAAACAUCUGUUGGAUCUCAAAUCACUUUACCCAGCUGCAAAACUCGUUGUGGGUAAUACGGAGGUCGGAAUUGAAAUUAAUUUUAAAAGUGCACAAUAUCCAAUCCUUAUUUCCGUCAUGCAUGUACCUGAGCUUAAUGUUUUGAGCAUUAAAGAGAAUGGCCUUGAGAUAGGUUCUUCUGUAAGGUUGAGCAGACUUCAAGAAUUUCUCAAAGAAGUGAUAGAAAAAAGAGAAAUUCAUGAAACAGCCUCUUGCAGGGCUAUUAGUGAACAGCUAAAAUGGUUUGCUGGAAAGCAGGUGAAAAAUGUUGCUUCUGUUGGUGGAAAUAUCUGCACUGCUAGUCCAAUUUCAGAUUUAAAUCCACUUUGGAUGGCUUCUAGAGCAGAUUUCAAUAUUGUUGACUCCAAAGGGAACAUCAGAACUGUUCAUGCUAAAGAUUUUUUUCUCGGUUACCGCAAAGUUGAUAUUGCUCAAGGUGAAAUAUUACAUUCAAUUUUCUUACCAUGGAACAUGCAUUUUGAGUUUGUGAAAGAAUUUAAGCAAUCUCACCGGAGAGAAGAUGAUAUUGCACUCGUAAAUGCUGGAAUGCGAGUCCACCUUAAAGAAUUAGGGUCAAACUGGCUAGUUUCUGAUGCUUCCAUUGUAUAUGGUGGAGUUGCUCCAGUUUCUCUCUCUGCGACAAAAACUGAAAAUUUUCUACAGGGAAAGAUAUGGGAUAAAAACUUAUUACAGGAGGCUUUAAAAGUAUUGAAAGACAAUGUUCCUCUUACAGGAGAUGCACCUGGUGGGAUGGUUGAAUUCCGAAAAUCACUAAUAUUGAGUUUCUUUUUCAAAUUUUUCUUGUGGGUUACUCAGCAGAUGAAUACAAAUGGAUUGUUGAAGGAAUCCAUGGAUGAAACUCACUUGUCAGCCAUAAAACCUUACUCCAGGCCUUGUUCUACUGCGAGUCAGAACUAUGAAAUAACAGCACAUGGAACUGCUGUUGGUUUACCGGCAGUUCAUCUAUCCGCUAAACUACAGGUGUCUGGGAGGGCUGAGUAUACCGACGAUACCGCUUCACCCCCAAAUACUCUUCAUGCUGCUUUAGUGCUGAGCAAAAAGGCUCAUGCACGCAUAGUGUCCAUUGAUGAUACACUCGCUAGAUCAUCACCUGGUUUUGCAGGGUUGUUCUUAGCAAAAGAUAUUCCUGGUAGCAAUAAAAUUGGCCCCGUUGUCCACGAUGAAGAAGUGUUUGCUUCAGAAACUGUUACUUGUGUCGGCCAGGUUAUUGGAAUUGUUGUGGCCAAUACACAAGGAAAUGCUAAAGCUGCGUCGAAAAAAGUAGUGAUCGAGUACGAGGAAUUGCCUCCAAUUCUCUCUAUUAGGGAUGCUAUUAAACAUGAAAGUUUCUUUCCAAACAGCAAGAAGUGUCUGAUAAGAGGAGAUGUUGAAUGGUGCUUCCAAUCAAAACAAUGUGACAAAGUCAUAGAAGGGGAAGUUCAAGUAGGAGGACAGGAACAUUUUUAUUUGGAGCCGCACUGCAGUCUGAUUUGGCCUGUUGAUGGCGGAAAUGAAGUUCAUAUGAUUUCUUCCACUCAAGCUCCUCAAAAGCACCUGGCCACCGUUGCUCGUGUUCUCGGUCUUCCAUUUUCAAAAGUUGUUUGCAAGACGAAACGCAUUGGUGGCGGGUUUGGAGGGAAGGAAACAAGAUCUGCAUUCAUCGCUGCUGCAGCUUGUGUACCCUCUUAUCUUUUAAACAGGCCUGUUAAAAUUACAUUGGACCGGGAUGUCGACAUGAUGAUUACUGGUCAACGACAUAGCUUUCUUGGAAAGUAUAAGGUUGGCUUCACAAAUUCUGGGAAGAUUCUUGCAUUAGACCUUGAGCUCUAUAACAAUGCUGGAAAUUCGCUUGACCUAUCAGCUGCGGUCCUCGAGCGUGCUAUGUUCCACUCAGACAAUGUAUAUGCCAUACCUCAUAUGAGGGUUACAGGGCAGGUUUGUUAUACCAAUUUUCCAAGUAAUACAGCUUUCCGUGGCUUUGGCGGGCCACAAGGUAUGAUAAUUGCGGAGAAUUGGAUUCAACGUGUUGCCAUGGAGCUUCAAAGAUGUCCUGAAGAGAUAAGGGAAAUAAAUUUUCAUCCUGAAGGACAUAUGUUGCAUUAUGGUCAACAAGUGCAGAAUUCCACGUUGGAAUUGGUGUGGGGUGAAUUGAAGGCAGUCUGUGACUUUGCGAAGGUUCGUGAAGCAGUAAAUCAGUUCAACCUCCGCAAUCGUUGGAGGAAGCGCGGUGUUGCAAUGAUACCUACUAAAUUUGGAAUCUCCUUUACAACAAAAUUUAUGAAUCAGGCUGGUGCUCUUGUUCAUGUUUAUACUGAUGGCUCUGUUUUGGUGACACACGGAGGUGUUGAAAUGGGACAAGGGCUACACACAAAAAUAGCGCAAAUAGCUGCAUCGUCUUUCAAUAUUCCUCUUAGUUCUGUUUUUAUUUCAGAGACAAGCACAGACAAGGUACCAAAUUCGUCACCUACUGCUGCUUCUGCGAGUUCAGAUAUGUAUGGUGCAGCAGUUUUAGAUGCGUGCGAGCAAAUUAAGGAAAGAAUGAAGCCCAUUGCAGACAGAAACCAGCAUUCAUCCUUCUCUCAGUUAGCAUUGGCGUGCCAUUUGGAACGUGUGGACCUCUCUGCACAUGGUUUUUACAUCACCCCGGAUAUCGGCUUUGACUGGAAAGUUGGCAAAGGGAUUCCAUUUUCCUACCAUACUUAUGGAGCAGCUUUUGCUGAAGUUGAGAUAGACACAUUGACCGGAGAUUUCUAUACGAAGACAGCCAACAUUGUUAUGGAUCUUGGACACUCUCUUAAUCCAGCUAUUGACAUAGGACAGAUUGAGGGAGCUUUUGUUCAAGGUUUGGGUUGGGCUGCCUUGGAAGAGCUGAAAUGGGGCGAUUCAGAUCACAAGUGGAUUCGAACUGGAAACCUCUUCACCUGUGGACCAGGGACUUACAAAAUUCCAUCUCUGAAUGAUAUUCCUCUUAAUUUCCAUGUCUCCCUCCUCAAGGGGGUUGCAAAUCCGAAGGCUAUUCACUCAUCGAAGGCUGUCGGCGAACCACCAUUUUUUUUAGCCUCAGUUGUGCUCUUUGCUAUCAAAGAUGCGAUCAUCGCCGCACGGGCGGAAGAAGGUUGCCACGAUUGGUUCCCGCUCGAUAAUCCCGCAACACCGGAGAGGAUAAGGAUGUCUUGCAUAGAUGACUUCACCAGAGAGUUUGCAGGCUCUGAUUUUUGUGCUAAAAUAAGCAUCUGAUUCUAUUUGAUUUACUGAACACCACCAGAGAAAGCCAGAAAACAAUACUGAAGAGCUCUUAUGAUUUUGUAAGUCUCUCAACUGUUUCCCAGUGCACUUAGUACAGAAUAAGGUUGUGCCAAAGCUGCUUUGGGGAAGCAUUGUUUGUUAAUAAUAAGUUUUUGCCACAGCUGCUAUGGCAUUCAGUUUAAUGUGUAAAUAUUAUACCAUUUAUGAUUAUAAAUGGUGCAAAUCAAUGUUAUUUGUUAUCUUCAAUGGUAAACAUCCUAAAAAUCUUGAUGAAGAGAUUUGUUUAUGUUAAGAGGAGCUUUCCACUGAAGUUAAAACUGAAGCUUUUAACACUUAAUGUGCUUAGUAAAGGCCCUUGUGGUUAUCUGCUUAUUGCUAUCAAGCAAAAUUUAUAUGGACACUUG